CCGGAUGUAAUCUUUGUUGCGUUUACUCAUGUUGUAACUGUUGAAAGUGAUAGCCAGCUAGCUGGUAUCUUGGUUUAUCGUCGUUAUAUGUUUCUUUUUUCUUUUUAGUUAACUUCAUUGUGAAGUGAGCUUGCUAUUCUUCGCGGCCGAUAUUUGAUAUUGUAAUGUUUCACAAAUGCUGAAUAGAUUCGUGUUCGUUGUUUGUAAAGCGCCUUAAUGUUUCUAAUGACACGUUUUUUUCCGUGAACUCUAUAAAUGUGUGAAUUAGUUUUUAGAUUUCUUCUGUGUGAUUGUGAAUCUACGGUUUAGCAUGUGCUCUCGACGGCCACAGUCAUCUCUGUGCUUUGGUCAAGUUGUUAUUGGGCCACCCGGCUCAGGUAAAACAACCUACUGCCGUGGCGUGCAAGAGUUCUUGAACCAUCUUGGACGUAAAGUUGUAGUGAUAAACCUCGACCCUGCAAACGAAAAACUUCCAUACCAGUGUGCAGUGGACAUAUCGGAGCUUGUUACCCUUGAUGAUGUGAUGGAGGGUCUGAAACUAGGUCCUAAUGGUGGCCUUAUUUAUUGUAUGGAAUACUUAACGACCAAUUUGGACUGGUUAGAGAGUAAACUGAAUGAACAUCGUGACUGCUAUUUCCUUUUCGACUGUCCUGGUCAGGUGGAGCUUUAUACUCACCAUAGCUCAAUCAGAAGUAUAUUUGCCCAGCUAACAAAAUGGAAUUUCAGGUUGACUGCAGUGCAUCUGGUGGACUCUCAUUACUGUGCUGAUCCAGCAAAGUUCAUAUCUGUGCUCUGCACAUCCCUGUCCACUAUGCUUCAUGUAGAACUGCCUCAUGUCAAUGUUCUCUCCAAGAUGGAUCUUAUUGAGCAGUAUGGAAAGCUUGCCUUCAACCUUGAUUUCUACACGGAAGUUAUGGACCUGUCAUACUUAGUGGAACAUCUAGCAUUUGACCCAUUUUUUAAGAAGUUCCACCAUCUAAACAAAAAGCUGGCUGAGGUGAUUCAGGACUACAGUCUGGUGUCCUUCGUGCCUCUCAAUGUGCAGGACAAGGGAAGCAUGAUGCAAGUCCUGCGCACAGUGGACAAGGCAAACGGCUACUGUUUUGGUGACUUGGAGGAAAGGAAUCUGCAGGCCAUGAUGUCUGCUGCUGUCGGUGCAGAUUUUCAGUUCAACUCAACCCUUGGGGUACAAGAGAGAUAUGUGGAAUCCAACAAAAAGACUUUGGAAGAAGAGGUCAUGGAAUUGUAAUUGUGUCUGUAUGGAGAACAAAAACUUGUCUUGGUACCAGAAAGAUGCCCAAUAAAGGACCCGUUCUGAUAACACUUUAGCUGUUUGUAAAUAUUUACACUUUUAUUUGCUGUUUAAAAUGCAUUCAUAGGUCACUCAGGAUGCUAGCCACAAGGCUUAUAUAACAUAAUAAAAUGCUUUUUUUGUUUA